GUUUUAGAUAACAAUGGAGCAAAACCAUGAUUCAAGAGGGACGGAUCGCAUAAGAUUGUCCAAUGUGCAGCAAAGAGAUGGAAGUGUCAGUCAUUUUUACCAGCAUCAAGAAGGAACGGAUAUUCAGGUGCAAGUAAGAAGAGGCAGCGCAAAGUUGGAUGGUCAGCGUGUACCUUUUCAUAAACUCACAAUAACCCCCGACAUUCCUUAUCGUGACCUCGGAUUACGUCUAAAAGUAACUGGCAACAAUGGACAGGGCAUCUACCUUCGUAAUGUUGAAACAAGCAGACAUUCUGACCAAACCAGAAGCUCAGGAAGAGCACAUACAGAUGACCAGCGUUAUUCGUUCACAAUACCAUCAUACUAUCCUUACCCUACCGGAGUAUGUCUGAAAAUUCCAUACUCUGCCAAAGCUAAGAAUGUUCAAAUCAAGAUGAGAAGGAGUAAAUCUCACAACUACAGAGAAGCUGAUAUAGUGGGACUCAAUACGCCGAAUCAACACAUUGAAGCUCGUCGAUUGAGCUUUGAGGAGUCUCAGCGAAGACUGCAAGAUGAAGCUAGAAUAGCCGAGCAAAGAAGAUGGGAAAACACGCGGAGACAAAACGACCAAAGCAUCAGAAAUGUUUAUGGGAGAGAAUAUGAAGCUGAUAGCAGAAAUAGUGGUGGGCACCAUGAACGAAAUGAGCAGCGGAGGGAAAGGGAAUGCAUUAUGGAUCGGGAACCACGUUAUACAAACGGAUUCGAUCAAAUUGAAAGAACUAUGAGAAAUAACCGUGCGGCAUUGGAGGCACAACACGCGGAAAGUGAUGCACAGAGGAGGAUGAGAGAAGAAGAAAUCAAGAACACUUUUAUUGGAAGAUUUUAGUAAAUAUAAAUCAAUAAAUAACCUUUUCUGGACUUUUUUCCUCUUUUUGAUCUAUUUUCUGUGUAGUUUUCAUAUGAGAGAAUACGAUUUUUAAAUGAGAAUAAAGAGGCAGUAAUUCUAA